GUUUAUUGAGGUUAUUCCGUUCCGAUAUUUCCCGAGUUGUCAACUGAUUAAAUUCGAAUGAUAUUAAUAACAGAACUUCCAUUUAAUUGAGAAAGUUAAAACGAUUAAUUCAUCAGAAUGACCGAGAAUAUAAUUGCUCAUACCGUUGACGGUGAACGAACCAAGGAUGUACUGAUUGAGGAAAAUGUUACUUUUCAAAACAUGUUUUUAUCACUGAAAUGUCUUGAGGGCCUUACUAAAUGUGGGUUCCAAAAACCAUCACCAAUUCAGUUGAAAGCUAUUCCUCUAGGAAGAUGUGGCUUCGAUUUGAUUGUCAAAUCAAAAUCUGGCACUGGAAAAACCAUUGUUUUUUCUGUUGUGGCUCUAGAAAUGAUAGAUCUUACUUCAUCCAAUAUUCAGGUAUUAAUAUUAGCCCCAACUCGUGAAAUAGCUGUCCAAAUUGCUGAUACAUUAAAAGCUGUUGGAAGCCCUUUUACAGGAUUAGUUAUCGAAUCCUUCAUAGGUGGUUUACCAGAAAAAGAUGAUAUCAAUAGAGUACAAAACUGUCAAAUAGCAGUUGGGGCUCCAGGGCGUAUAAAAUCAUUGAUAAAACAGAACAUCUUGGAUGUUAGCAAUGUGAAACUUUUUGUCUUAGAUGAAGCAGAUAAAUUAAUGCAAACAUCUUUUCAAAAUGAUGUUACUGAAAUCUAUCAUAAACUUCCUUUAAAGAAACAGAUAAUUGCUGCUAGUGCUACCUACCCAAAUGAUUUAGAUCAAUUUCUGAGGAAUUAUAUGCAAUCUCCAACCUAUGUUCGUUCUGAUAGUAAUACACAAUUGUUACUUGGUCUAAAACAUUUCAUAAAGGAGGUGAAAACAUCCACCAACUCAGCUCAAGAAAUGAAGUUCAAAAAUGAGGAAUUGCUUAAACUUCUAUCAAAUAUAUCAUUCACUCAAUGCAUUAUAUUCUCAAACUAUCAAACAAGAGCAGAAAAUAUAAGUAUUACUAUAAAUCGUAAUGGAUGGAACUCUUUAUUCAUUUCUGCUGCGCAAAGUCAACCAAAAAGACUAGAAGUAAUUGAACAAUUGAAAAAUUUCAAGUGCAGAAUCUUAUUGUCUACAGAUUUAACAGCUCGAGGUAUUGAUGUAUCCAAUGUAGAUUUAGUGAUAAAUUAUGAUGUGCCGAUAGAUGUUUCAACAUAUUUGCAUAGAAUGGGAAGAGCAGGUAGAUAUGGCUCAAAAGGUAUUUGCGUUUCUUUGGUUUCAGGAGAAAAAGAUUUAUUACAGAUGAAGAAAUUUUUGGGUAAUAUUGGUGGUACAAACUUGAGCAUUUCCAAAUUGGAUGAUGUGGAGAAAGGAAUUGAUUUGUGGGCGGACGAUGAAUCGAAAUUUGAAAAAAUUUCAGGAAUUGUUAACAAUGAUGAUGAUAUACAUACCAUAAAAAAUGAAGUCCUAUCCCUGAAAAACACCAAAGAGGUUGUAGGAAAGAAGAAUGAAACAACUAAGACAAAGAAGAAAAACAAGGAUUGCAUUAAUGAUUCUCCAACAAAUGAUACUAAUAAAAGUAGCAGCUUAGAACAAGAUGAUAGUGAUCUAACAGGUGCAAAAUGGGAAUGUUCAAACAGUGAUCUAACUGAAAAAAAGGUAUAUGACAAUGAUUGUCUGAAGUCUUUGGCAGAAGGAACAUUUGAUUUUAGUAAUGUCCUUAGUCCAUCAAAAAUAUCUUUUGGUGAAAUUAAGAAUAAAGAUGAUACUUCAAACAAAAAUAAUGAUGGGAAUAUGGAUAGUAAUUCUCUUCUUAGGUCUUUAGCAGAAGGAACUUUCGAUUUUCAAAAUAUUCCUAGUCCAGUAAAAGAAAAAUCAGAUGCACAAUUGGCUGAGUUGGUGAAAAAUCAGAAGACCAGAAAAUCCAGUGAAUUAGAGACUGAAGUCAAGGGCAAAAUAAGUAAAAAUGAAAUAUUUAUCAAGAAUGUAGGAAGAUAUGAAAUUGCUAAAAUUCUCGUUAAUGAUGCUGAUAUUGAUUCAACUAUGGAGACAAUUGUUAGUGACUACUUAAAUAUCUUAGAAAAACCUGAUUCAUCGGAAACAACAAGAACAAAUAACUUGAUAGAAUCUCAGCAUAGUACAUCAGAACAAAUUUCAGUAUCAGAAGAAAACCAACAAUCUAAUAAAGAUAAUAUAUUCAUGGUUGCCUACUUGCAUAGCAUAGAAAAAGAAACUGUUCAUUGGAAAAGUGUUGUAAAGGAUGAUGAAGUGUUUUCAAUCAAUCAACAAAGUGGAGGAAAUAACAAAUUGGAAGGAAAAAUGAUGGAAGACAAUGAUGAGGAAAUAGAAGAAGACUAUGAUGUAAAUAUAGAGGAAGACUAUGAAGAGGAAUUAGGAGAAAACUAUAUGGAAGAAAUGGAUCCAAAUGUUGAAUAUGAUGAAAAUGGUUAUGAAUAUAUUCCAAAUCGUAUGGUUUGGAUGCCAGUUGAAGAGGAUACAUCUGAAAAAUACAAGUCAAUUCCUCCAAUCAAUUUAUUAGAGAAUGAUACCAGUGAAAAUAGCUCACCAGAUGAAAUCUCUAUAAUGUUCACACCUGAAGGUUAUCCAUUUGAGGGUUCUGAAUAUGAUCCUUCAAUGGAUCCAAACAUUCUCAAUGAUAUAUGGUGUAAUUUUAGUGACAUUAACUUUGACUUAUGGGAGAAGGGUGCAAAUUUUUAUACAAAAGAAGCAUUUCUUGAGUACCAUAAUAACUGGCAAAGAAGACUUAGGCAAGUAAGAGAAAACACCUCACAAACUAUUUACCAUCAACUAUUGAAGAAACAUCAGAAAAAUUUGUAAAUUUUUUAGUUUUAGGGUUUUUUAAUAUUUUAUUUUGUAAAUAGCAAUCUAGAAUAAAUUUUUAUUUCUUU